GGAAAAACGAUGAUUCAUACGAAAAUUGGGUACAAAUAGAAAUUAAUGUGAAAUUUCACAGAGGGUACCGUUGCAAAUUCUAUAAUCCCAAAAUUUCACGAGAGGUUGUCAGUCUCAGAGCCAUUCGACAGCAUCCGCUCAGAUAUCGCCUUCCAUCAUUUCUUACUGGAAGAAAGGGAAAAAUAAAUGGCCUUCUUGUUCAAUAAUUCUGCAAUUUCUUCUUAUUUUGGAUCUCAUACUCAAAAUCAGGAAUCUCUAUCUCGUCGUGCAUUCCACGUCGAACCUCAGCCUCGCGAGAAAGCUCUCUUGGCAGAAGACCCAGCUCUUAAGCGAUUCAAAUCACAUAAGAAGAGUGUAUGGAGACUCAAAAGAGUUGGAGAUGUUCUCACAAUUGUGGUUGUAGCAGGCUGUUGCUAUGAAAUCUAUGUCAGAGCAGUAAUGCGGGAGGAGGCUCGAAAAAAAGCAGGGGAAAGUGCAUAAGUAUUCAAUUCUUCGAUGUUUCAUUUUAUUGCUGAGAACAACGUUAGGCCUUCGUUUUUUUAAUCUGUGUGUUGAAUAAGCAGAACAACCAGUUUUGUUGUAAUCAAAUGGUUGUUCUCGAAAGUUGCUAUUACCAUGUUUUCUAAUUUAUGCUUGAUAAAUGUUAUGACAUAAUGUAUGCACAUAUAAAGAACAAUAUUCUAUUGGCAGGGCCACAUGUAUCGGAUGUACUUGAGAAUUUUUCUUGGCA